AUGGUUGGGAUCGUUCCCAAGAAGGAUGCCCCAGGAGUGGAUUUUUGUGGUGUUGACAAAUAUUACUACAUUGUCCGAUCUGACCUCAGCUGCUACAUGCGGUCAACAAACUUCAACAAGGGUGAAGAUCUAGUUGUCUACAGUCUGCAUCUCUCUUGUAGAAAUGGAGACCAUUACCUGGCCCAUGAAGAUGACCUAUUCUAUAUCAUUAAGGGAACGAAUUAUCGCCGUGUGACCAACAUGAACACAGAUGAAGGUGCUGUAGUCUACGCUUUACAUCCCAGCUGCCGGGGUGGUGAUCACUAUCUCUCUGCCUUCGGUCACUUCUACAUCAUCGACCAGAGUCGAGGGGUUUAUCGUAAAACUAAAAAUAUGAACACGUACGAGGAUGGGGUGGAGUACACUCUCCAUCCCAACUGCAGGAACGGGCUCUACUACUUUGGUGUCAAAGACUACUAUUACUUUGUGAAGCCUCAUGAUGAAUGGGGGGUUCAGUAUUACAAAUGCACAGACUUCUCAAAGGAUACGGAUGGAAAGCCCUUUUCCUUUCAUUCCACUGUCACCAACUUCACCCCUGGGGGCUUGGCCCUCAUUCGGGGUCCCUCAUUUGGUGUCUGGAAGUGCAUCAAAACCAUAACCAAUGACUCGCAGACUCCAAUCACCUGGACAAACAAGAUCAACAAAAAGGUUGGCUAUGAGAAGGAGAAGAUGUCCUCAAUGGAACAUAACUGGAAUGUUUCAGCCACAGUGUCUGCAGAGACAGGUGGUCUGAGUGCCCUUGUCGUAAAGAGCCAGUUCUCUCUCAGUACUUCAUAUGGAGGAUCCAGUGUCAACACGGAGAGAGAACUGGAAUGA